UAGAAAUCAAUUCAGCUCUAUAUUCAGACAUCGGUGGUCUCGUAUCGGUUCCACUACGCAAAAUUUAUAUAUAGGUAUAGUCAUGACCAGUCUAAGUUCUGCCGUUAUUCGGUCAUAUUCUGUCUUCUCGUUAGGCAUCCAGCAUUGGGGAUAUAUAUCUCCUAGCAGGUCCUUUAGGUUCGAUUCGUUUUUAAAGAAUCUUGCAACCAAUCUAUUCCAGCCAGAUCAAGUCUCUACAUCUUUCGCCUUCUAGUUUCGCUGUCAUCCAAUCCCAAAAACUUGUCGGUUGCAAAACAUUCCCCCAGGACGAACAAAUGAUGAGCGACCUCAUCAGAGACGCCCCUAUUGGGCAAAUCAUCCGCUACCUUACCAAGAACAAAGUUCUCCAAUACCCAGAAGAGCGUGCAGACUUUGAAUUGCCAGAAUCAUACGCCGACGCUAAUACUAAGUUUACCCCUAAAUCGCCAAUCGAACCAGUGUCCAGUCUCUACAACGAGAAGCCCUUGCAACCUGAAGCCAGCCCAGCAAGUGAAGAAGUUGAACCUCCAAUAGAUUUGGAUCUCGAGAAGCUCGAUACCGCUUUAAUUCACGAUGGCGAGCAUUCAGCACACCUCAGUCGGAUCCAGAGUUCCCUCACUAGGGUGACCACUCGAGGAGCCUUUUCAAGAUCUCACACACGGGCCGAACUGGAGCACCAGAUCACCAUAGCCACGAUGGAGCGAGGACCGACCCGGCAGAUUGUGCCGGAGCGCACAUCAGAUGGGGCUAUCCUCGUCGACUGGUAUACGACGGACGAUCCUGAUAAUCCGCAGAAUUGGAGUCUGAAGAAGAAGCUGUUCGUCGCAGGCCUUAUCUAUCUCUAUACAUUUUCAGUAUAUAUGGGCAGCUCUAUCUUCACGGCUAGUUACACCGGCGUCAUCGAAGAAUUCGGUGUCUCCCUUCAAAAGGUGACGCUGGGUCUCUCGAUGUACGUCCUCGCCUACGGAGUCGGCCCCAUGCUCUUCUCCCCAAUCAGCGAGAUGCCCUCCGUUGGCCGUAACCCGCCAUACAUCGUCACUUUCCUGAUUUUCGUCCUCAUGCUCAUCCCCGCCGCCCUCGCCCGCAAUUUCUCCGGACUCAUCGCCGCACGAUUCUUCCAAGGUUUUUUCGGAUCUCCCUGUCUCGCGACGGCCGGCGCUAGUUUACAAGAUAUUUUCUCGAUGCUGAAGUUGCCAUAUGCCAUCUCUCUCUGGGCCUUGGUGGCCACAUGCGGUCCCGCAUUCGGUCCCAUCAUCGCGGGCUUUAGUACCCCGGUCGAAGGCUGGCGAUGGAGCCAGUGGGAAUUACUCUGGCUGGCUGCACCCGUCUGGCUGGCCAUGUUCCUCUUCCUCCCCGAGACCUCUACCCCCAACAUCCUCCUCCGGCGUGCGAAUCGACUCCGCGCCCUAACCGGGGAGAACCGGCUGAAAAGCCAGGGCGAGGUUGAUCAAUCGAACAUGACCGUGAACGGUCUAAUCAUAGAGAGCCUUUGGCGACCAAUGCAGCUCAUGCUCUUAGAUCCCAGCAUUGCGUUCACCGCGGUCUACAUUGCUCUCAUCUACGGGAUCUUCUACUCGUUCUUCGAGUCCUUUCCGCUGGUAUACAUGGAAAUAUACGGCUUCAACCAAGGCCAGACAGGCCUCACCUUCAUCUCUAUCACCGUCGGCACCGUCGUCGCCCUCAGCGCCUACUGGGCCUACAUCUACUGGAUCGUCGAGCCCGAAAUCCGCACGAGCGGCCUCGGUGCCCCUGAACGCCGUCUAAUCCCCGCGCUCUUCUCCGCCUUCCUCGUCCCCGCCGGCCUCUUCAUCUUCGCAUGGACCGCCUCCCCCUCCAUCCACUGGAUCGUCUCCAUCAUCGGCGUCGGAAUCUUCUGCGUCGGAGUCACCUUCAUCAUCCAGUGCAUCUUCAUGUACCUCCCCCUUUCCUAUCCACAGUACGCCGCGUCGUUGUUCGCCGGGAACGACUUCGCCCGGUCGGCGCUCGCGUCGGGGACGAUCCAUUUCUCCACUCCGAUGUACCACAGCCUGGGCGUCGAUCGCGGCGUUUCCUUGUUGGCGGGGCUCACCGUCGGGUGUAUUGCCGGUGUUUAUAUUCUUUAUUUCUACGGAGCCACGUUGCGGGCGAACAGCCGAUUCGCGGCGAAGUAAAGAGUGCAUUUUGUUAGGCGUUUGUGGCGGCAGGACAAGGAACUGGAUUAAAAUGGGAUUCGGCGCUAAAAUAGCGAGCGUAAUUGUCGUCCAGUGUUAUGGGCAUGGCCCAUGGUUGGCAUAGGCUGAGAGCCUCAGCCUAAUCAAGCCUAGUAGCGUCGAGAUAGAACCUCAUCAAGAUUCCUGUCACAGGUACCUUUACUCUUAAUCUCAAUCUGGAAUAUCUUUGGCUACGUGCGAUGGAUCAGAGGUGUAUGGACCUGGAUGCCUUAUGGCCUUGUGGCCCGUUUGCUC